AAAUAAAUAAAAGUAUUUGGUUAGAGGCGAUACACCGCGAUAAGUAGGGUAUGAAUACAUUUCCCAUAAUUCAAUAGCACUGACGCAUGCACGAGACGUCCAGUGGAACCAUGACAUUCAGCGCAGUUGCAUGCUUGGAAUUUAGCUGCCGACUUUUGCAUACAGAGACCUCGUCGGUUUUUCGAGGCUGUGUCGGAAGGCGGCGGAAUGACUUUGAGCCGGAAAAGACAUCUUCACUCGAAGUUCGGUAGCUAACUUUUCGUUAACGGAAACAAAGGGAGGGUGCCGUUCACAACACAGCAACAACAGCCCUGGGUUGCCAAACAACAAGCAUCAUUCAGUGUCAGCCACCGGUAGCCGCUGGAGCUCACAGUCGCCUCGUCACUGCCUAUCUGCAGCCUGCAAAUUUCCGCUUCAGUUCAAGUUAGUUCCCCAGAUAACACGGGUCGUGGGCAGCUGGAGGCUAUUCCAGCUACCAUAGGGCAUGAGAUGGUGUACACCCUGGGGAGGUCGCCAGUCUGAAGCAAGGCUAACACAGAGAGAGAGAGAGAGAGAGAGAGAGAAUCAGUCACACUCACAUUAACACCUAUGUAUAAUUUAGAAUCACGAGUUAACCUUAUCUCACUAACUGCAUGUCUUUGGAUUGUGGGAGGGAGUUUUGCUGCAGUGUUUAAAGUAAUUGUUUUGUCAGAUUUUACAUUGCAUCCCUAAUGUAAGCAUGUUUUUCCCUCUAUGUUAAUGUUAUUAUUUCUGUCUGUUGCCUUCUUUUUCUUGUUCUUUUUUGUUUGUUUGUUUUUUUAAAGCAUUUUCAGCCAUGUCUGCUGAUCCCCUGCCUAAAAACCCAGUCUGCAUUGGUGAUUUGGUCUCACACAUCUUGCAACCCAAGCACCUUUCCAAACACCCCUGAGUGCCGAUGUCUGUGGCUACACUUCUUGGCUUCUGCUGUUACUCCAGACUUCUUUAUAUCCCCUCACGAUGAGCAGGAUGUGCAGCAGACUUUGACAGCUUUGACCUCUGUGUGAAUAAGGACAGCAGGAUUUGUUUCCUGCAGGAACUGCUACGUUGUCAAGCUGAUUGUUUAAAAAUUCAAAGAACUCAAGGCCUUCAGCCUCAGACCGGGCAUUCAUAGCCACCUUUCCCCUUCACCACAGUACCAUGCUGGCUGCACUACUGCGUAGGAACAUGUCUCAGAAGCUUAGUAUGCUACUCUUGGCAUUCGGCCUGGCAUGGGGACUUAUGCUGCUGAGGUACACUGUGCAGCAGCCUCGCCAUCAGAGCAGUGCAGAGUUACGUGAGAAGAUACUGGAGCUAAGCCGGCGAUAUGUCAAAGUGCUGACAGAAGAGAACCAGAAUGCACCAGGUGGGCCACAAGGAACCUCCAUGGCAGGAUAUGCUGACCUGAAGAGGACUAUAGCUGUGUUACUGGAUGACAUUCUGACACGGCUUGUAAAACUGGAGGGGAAAAUUGAACUGGUGGUCAAUUCCUCCUCUACAAACAGCUCCCACACAGCAGGGGGCCUGCUUGCAUCUGCUCCUGUAGCCCUGCAGAAACCUGUGAAGCAGCAGGAGAAACCUGGAAGUCACCCAGGGACAUCUCGCCUUCAUCCACACAUACCUAAUAGGGCCCGACCACAUUAAGAAGGCCAAAUAUUAUAUCUUUUUUUUUUUUGUUAAAUAAGCACACCAAGUUUUACAUCUUUUAUUGCUAAUGAAGCAACAUCAGAUAAAUAAAGAGCUGCAGGGAUUCUUAUGGAUGCCCAGAAGCUUAAGUUAUGGGAUGUGUCUCAGAAAUAUUCAUCCAACUCAGAAGAAAGAGGACCUCUUUAGUCUCUCAAUGCUGAUAUUUAUUUCAUUUUUUUGUACCAAUACUUCCAGUACAUCUUUUUCUUGUUUUGUAUUUCCAUUGCUGAAACUAUUAUGCCUAUUUUUUCAAAUGUAAAGUGACUGUUUAAGUAUAUGCCAAAAGCAGAUGCUUGAAACUGUUCCUGAAUUCUAAAUGCUUAAUCAUAAAACCAGCUUAAACUGCUCCCAUUGCCAACAAGUUACAGUACUACUUCAACAUAUCAAAAUGCUGUACAUGUAUGAUAGCUUAGAAUACAGUUUUAGUUUGCUAAGAACUAAAGAACUUGAAGAUUCUUCCUUUAGCUUACAGCUAAUGAGGUUUUAAGGCUAAAUUAACUAGGUAGUUUUCUUGUAACAAAAAAUCCAAAGAAUAUUAUUUGCACUCCAUGUGAAGGCAAUAUAAAUGUGUAUGUGCUGUUGCUGUGAGACGUAUGGAGAAUAUCAUGGGAUGAUGCCUAUUUGCCGCUGUAAAUGCGUGCGAGUGUGUGUGCUUGCUCUGUCUCACUUCAAAUCCAGUAGCUCAAAGAGACUGAAUGUAUAUGCAGUGAGUUUUUAGCCCACUAAUGCCGUUAGGAUAACUGACUCACUGUUUACACAUAUUCAUGGUGCACUGUGAUUAUAGAAAUCUUUUAAAAUUAAAUCAUCUGCAUUGGACCUGUGCUCUUAGCAUAGUUAACACUGGUUUGUCCACCAAGAAAGAAAAACUUUUAACUUGUUGGUCGUUAUACUGGAUUUGCAACAUUUUUAUCAACAUUUCUUCCUUUUUUUGGCGGGAGGGGGAUUAUACAAAACACAGCAUGAGUGGCAGAAUAAAAGUGAGGAAAAAUAAGGCAGUUAAAGCAGCUUUGUUUCAGCUUAACAGUAUGUGGCGAUCACAGGACUAAAUAAUCGAGUAGUGGCGCGACCUUAAUUUGCUACAUGAUGCAAUGAAGUAAAAAUGAUAAGGUGGUGACCUGAUGGGAGAUGGCUUUACUCAUACAACCCUAUUUUAAAAAAAAAAAAAAAAACCAUUUAAAAAAUCUAAGCAGUAGCAGCAUGCUUCCCAGAAAGCCUAGUCCAACACUAAAAGAAAAAUGCAGUUUAGUCCAGUACUAGGUAUAAUGCAUGUCUGGGAAUCUUUAUUUAAAUACAACAAAAAGAGCACUACUAUUUGUUUAUGUUUUUAUUGAGAAGUAGAAUAAAAACUUCACCAUCUUCCAAUGUGUAUGAAGAAGGCAAGAAGACAACUCCAGGAGCAUAAUGUAGAAAACAACUUUGUUGCUAACCCGUGGACUUUAUUUUAUGACCUCAAGCUAAAGUGUCACACUGCAGGAAUAAAGUUGCUUAAUAUUUAACUGCAGCUGGACGUUUGUCUUUUUUGUAACUUGUAUUUGGUGGAGCUUUUUUUUCUUUUUUUGGAAAUGGGGUUGUAAAGUGUGAUUUAGACUCUGGCAUAACUGACUUUGCAACCGGGAACUCCUAAUCCCUACACCGCAACCUUUGACGCCAUUCAAGUCAAAAAAGAUCACCAGUAAGUUUGUGUCCUGUCCUCUGACAUAAAGAGAAGAACAGCACUGAAAUACAAAGGAGAUCCUUCUUGAACAUUUAAAUGUUUUUUUUUAAAAUCAUGUUUCUUCACGUGACUGUAGCCUCUACUCUGCCUCCAACGAUCUUAACUCUCACUCUGUACAAUGAGAAAUCUUGCUCUCCUUGACAAUAAAUUACUUUAUCCUGUG